GCGGUGCCAGGCAGUCCCGGCGUUGGCACGCUGGCUCUGAGCGGCGGCCGGAAAAAUAACACAAUGCAUUCCGCUGCUUUCUGUUUGGUCGGAAAAGCAGGAGGGGCGCCCUUCUUUGGGGCCGUCUUGUUACUUGUGCCGUUUCCCCAAGAAAUAUUCCUCUUUCCGACUGGCGAUGAAUUAUUCUAGAGAUCUCGAAAGCAUGCUCAUUAUUUUGCGGCGACACUUCAGAUGGUCCUAAUAAAGGUACAGUCUGUUAGUUUGAUUAUCUCUUUAUCUGUGUGCACUGAGGACAAUAUGAGAAAUCUCAGACUACUGAGAACGUGGGAAUGCCAGCCAGUCCAGACUGCUGGAACUCCUCAGGGCUUCUCUCUCCGUGUGGACAAAGGGACGCUAUUAGUCAGCACAGAGUAUGGAAUUGUGGAGGUAGAUCCCGUCACACAAGAGGUUGCAAGUGAAGUCUCUUUGAUAGCUGAGGGUUUCCUACCAGAAGAUGGAAGCGGGUGCAUUGUGGGUAUUCAGGAUUUGCCAGAUCAAGAGGUUGUCUGCGUGGCUACAGCAACUGGAGAUGUUAUACUGUGCAAUCUGAACACAAACCAGUUGGAGUGUGUCGGGAGUGUGGACAGCGGUCUAACUGUGAUGAGCUGGAGUCCUGACCAAGAGCUUGUUCUCCUUGCUACAGGUCAGCAGACUCUCAUUCUGAUGACAAGAGACUUCGAACCAAUUACAGAAAGUCAGAUCCACCAAGAUGAUUUUGGAGAAGGGAAGUUUAUUACUGUUGGUUGGGGUAAAAAGGAAACACAGUUCCACGGAUCAGAAGGCAAGCAGGCAGCUCGCAUCAAGCCAGUGGAAGUGCUGCCUGCUUUGUCAUGGGAUGACCAUAGACCUCGAAUCACCUGGAGAGGAGAUGGACAGUAUUUUGCAGUGAGCACUAUUUGUCCAGAGACAGGUGCUCGGAAAGUCAGAGUGUGGAGCAGAGAGUUUGUUUUGCAGUCUACAAGUGAGCCUGUCCCAGGACUAGAACAAGCACUGGCCUGGAAGCCCUCUGGAAGUCUGAUUGCAUCCACCCAAGAGAAAGCCAACAAGCAUGAUGUUGUGUUUUUUGAAAAAAAUGGACUCCUUCAUGGUGAAUUCACACUUCCCUUCCAGAAAGGCCAAGUCAAGGUAAAUGAGCUGCUCUGGAAUUCAGACUCUGUGAUAUUGGCGGUAUGGUUGGAAGAACUGAAAACUGAGGAUAACUCUCAACCAAAGACAUAUGUUCAGUUGUGGACAGCAGGAAACUAUCACUGGUAUCUGAAGCAAAGCCUGCCUUUCGAUAGCUCAGAGGGCGGGCAGCCACUUGUGUCCCUGGCAUGGGACCAAGAGAGGCCUUAUCGACUCCACAUGCUCUGUCAACAGUGGCUCUACCUCUGCUGUGACUGGAAGUGGAAUACUGAUCGCAGCACUGGCGAGGGGGCAAGCGACUUGGCUAGCGUGGCAGUCAUUGAUGGAGACAAGGUACUGUUGACAGCCUUCCGGCAUGCUGUGGUCCCCCCGCCUCUUUGUACAUAUCAGCUCCAUCUCCCCUGUUUUGUCAAUCAAGUUGCCUUCCUUAUGGAGCCCUCUAGAAGCGGGGAUCUUGCUGUCCUGGAUACGAAUAAUAGGAUUUCCAUUUACAGAUCAGAUGGCCAUAAAGAUACAGACGCUACAGUUAAAAUUGGUGCAGUUGGUGGAAAUAGAUGUAAAACUGCUGUCCCUCAGCUGGAAAAGUCAUACAGAAUCGCCCUUGAUGACGACAGAGAUGGGAGAAAUCCACUGUGGUUUCGCCUUCUCACCUGGUUGCAGGAUGGUCUGUUGCUGGCUGCUAGCCAGGGGCUCCUCCCGGCUCACACUGUCAUUCACCAUCUGAAUCUAUCCUCAUCAGCAGAGAAGGGAAGCAUUGAUAUCUGUUCACCUGUGACUGUGGAUGGAGUUGUAAUCAGCCUCUGUUGCAACCCAAAGACCAAUGUAGUGGCUGUGCAACUUUCUGAUGGCCAAAUAAUGAAGUACCUCUGGGGAGCUGAAACACCAGUUGUCACCCCGUGGCUGAACAGCAGUGGUUCAGCUGUCCGGUUUCCUUCACCCUGUAUGCAGACUGCAAUGACUGUAAUUGGUGGUGAAGAAACCAUCUUUGGCCUGAGUGACAGAUGCCGUUUUUUUAUUAAUGACAUUGAGGUUGCUUCAAAUGUCACAUCCUUUGCCGUCCAUGAUGAGUUCCUGUUGUUGACCACACAUGCUCAUACCUGCCAGUGCCUGUCUCUGAGGAACACAUCCCUGAAAGUUUUGCAGUCAGGUUUGGGCAACUCUUCUGUCCCCAAUAGCGAGACGCUGCGCAAGGUGGAAAGAGGAUCCCGGAUAGUCACAAUUGUGCCACAGGAGACAAAGCUAAUAUUGCAGAUGCCAAGAGGAAACUUGGAAACAGUUCACCAUCGUGCCCUUGUUUUGGCCCAAGUCCGCAAGUGGCUGGAUGGCCUCCAGUUUAAAGAAGCAUUUGAAUGUAUGAGGAAGCUCCGAAUCAAUCUCAACCUCAUUUAUGACCACAAUCCAAAGGUUUUCCUGGAAAACGUGGAAACAUUUAUAAAACAAAUUGAUUCAGUGAAUUAUAUCAAUUUGUUCCUCACCGAGUUGAAAGAAGAAGACUUCACAAAGACUAUGUAUCCACCUCUAGAUCCGGCCAGUGUCCGUGAGCUGCGCAACUCUGAUAGAAAGAAGGUUGACCUCAUCUGUGAUGCUAUGAGAGCAGCCAUGGAGAACAUCAGUGCUCCCAAAUACUGUUUGUCCAUACUGACCUCACAUGUGAAAAAGAGUCCCCCAGAACUGGAAACUGCUCUGCAGAGAAUUCGUGAGCUUCGAGAGCAAGCUUCAGUGACUGCUGGAUCCGUCAGUGCAGAAGAAGCUCUGAAAUACCUGCUGUACUUGGUGGAUGUCAGUGAAUUGUAUGAUCAUUCUCUGGGGACGUAUGACUUUGAUUUAGUUAUUAUGGUUGCUGAGAAGUCUCAGAAGGAUCCUAAGGAAUAUCUCCCAUUUUUAAACAAGCUUAAGAAAAUGGAAAGCAAUUACCAGCGAUACUCUAUAGAUAAAUAUUUGAAGAGGUAUUCAAAGGCUCUCCACCAUCUGAGUAAAUGUGGACCAGAGCAUUUUUCAGAGUUCCUGAACUUGGUCGUGGAUCAGAACUUAUAUAAUGAAGCUCUGAAGCUGUAUUUGCCAGACACUCAGGAGUACAAGACUGUCAGCUAUGCCUACGGAGAAUAUUUGAUCCAAAAGCAUCUCCCUGACCAAGCGGGGCUGAUCUUCUUCCGCUGCGGUGCAUUUGAAAGAGCUCUGGAUGCCUUUCUGAGCAGUGGCAAUUGGCAGCUGGCCCUGUGUGCAGCGGGUGAGCUUUGUUACACCGAAGAUAAGCUGGCCAACCUGGCGAGGAGCAUGGCAGGAAAAUUUGUUGAAAAAAGAAAAUAUGCAGAUGCAGCAAUACUGCUGGAACAAUAUGCCAAGGAUUAUGAGGAGGCCAUCCUGUUCCUCCUGGAAGGGACUGCCUGGGAUGAGGCCCUAAGACUGAUUUACAAAUAUAACAGGACUGACAUUCUGGAGACCAACUUCAGGCCGUCUCUGCUAGAAGUUCAAAAAAAUCAUUUGGUGUUCCUGGAGACGCAGAAAGCAGCUUUUUCUCACCAUCAGAAGCGCCUCUCUGUGGUCAGAGAGCUGAAGCAGCAAGCCCGAAAUGAGUUCCUGGAUUUUGAAUCGCCGAACUGUCCAGAAUUGGAUCUUUUUUCUGAUGCCAGCAGCAUGGUAACGGCUACCAACACAAGUUCUAAAUACACCCACAGUAACUCAAGAAUAUCUGCACGCUCUUCAAAGAACCGUCGCAAGGCAGAGCGUAAGAAACACAGCCUGAAGGAAGGAAGCCCCUUAGAGGAUGUCGCUCUCCUGGAAGUUUUAGGAGAAAUAGUUCGGAAUAUUGACAGUCUAAAAGGUGAGGUACACAGCCUUUUAAAACAUCUAAUCCUCUUUGGCUAUAACGGACAAGCCCAGAAGUUGCAGCAAGCCUUUGAGGAGACCCUUCACUUGGUGGAGCACUCCCUCCUUGAAAUCUGGAGCCCAGAUGUGCAGCAGAUCCCAGCCAACCCAAUCCUGGGUCCCAAUUCAACUGCCAAUAGCAUAACUGCUGCCUACAACCAACAAAAGAUAACGGCUCCUGUAUUACAAGAUCCUGAAUUCUUUAUACCCCCCAAACUCAACAAAAGCAUCCAGUGGAAGCUGAAUCUUCUCCAGUAAUCCAGACCCACAGCCGCUGAUGGACUGAGGAUCUGCAUUUAUGCUUCUUCUCAUUCUGAAAUCAGUGCCCUCCCCAUAUCUCACAAUAGAUCAUGUACUAUACCCUGAAAUGACAAGGGGUUGUCUUAGUUAUGGCCUGCCUUCCUUCCUCCUCUUUUCUCUGCUGCUCAAUUCCAGUGGAUUGCCUGGAUACCCAGACACACAGCACAUAAGCACAGCCACUGCAAGCCAGUUAUUUUAAUCCGUUCCAUUGUGCUGUCUCAAAGAAGCGUUUUUGCUCUUCAGUUCCUUUUUUGCUAGAUACAAUUGAUCUUUCAAAACUUAAAAGCAGAGCUACUGAGUUAUUUGCAUUGUGGUUUUCUAACGUGGAUUUCUUUGUGUGUAUGUGUUUAACGGACACCAGUUACCCUGCAUGGCAAAAGUGAAGCACUGCUGAACCAGAUACAUUUUGUUUUUUAAUGCCCUCAAGGGCUCAGCUCUUCACAUGGUACAAAUACACCUCAAACGUAUCAGUUGUGUAUAUCUGAUUAUGGAUUUUCAGACAUUAACUUUGAAACACCAUGCUUUGACAAAAUUAGUAUUUAUAAGAACUCUCUCAAAACCAAGGGGGAAAGAGGUUAAUAAAGUUUUGUUGUAACUUUU